AUGUCAACCAACAACAACAAGAAAAAUAACAAUAGUAAAAAGGUAGUCACCUCGACUACCUCUACCUCUACUUCAUCAUCAGAAGGAUAUCAAAGAGGUUCAAAUGUAGAGUUUCGUAGUUUACAUAAAGAGAGACAACAACAAUUGAAACGUAAAGAGAGAGAGGUAGAGCAACAAAGUGAAGGUCUCGACAUUGACCAAACCGACAAGAGAAUUUCAAAGGUCAAGAAGUUGGAAAAGGCAGCACAAAUUGUUAGCAGUAGAAUCAAAGAAAAGGGUACACGUUCACGUUUCGAUGUUGACGAUCAAGACAACAUUCUCUUGGACGACAAGCAAUUACUCAGAACCAAAAAGUCAGACAGAUACCAAAACCCAGACACACUAAAGAAGAAACGUGAACUCAAGAAAAAGGAAAAGAUGUCAGCUGCCGAUCACAACAAGGGCGAUUCUGACGACAAGAAAAAGGAUGACCUCACAGACGAACAAGAUGCUGAAGCCGACAAACUCAUUCCUUUCCUUCCAAAAACUGUUAAAUCUUUUUCAACUAGGUUAUAUAGUUCUGACAUUUAUGCUGGUAUGGUAUUAUUAGGAGCUUUUGAAAUGGUAACUGAUUCAUUUAUUGUUGUUUCUUUGCCAUUUGGUAUCAGAGGUUACGUUAAAUUCAAUGAAAUCAGUGAUGAGUUUACAAAGUGGAGUAACAGUGUCAUGAAAGACAAUAUUAAAUACAAAUCAAAUUUCCAAAAGACAGAUAGUAUCCUAGAGAGAAUUAAAACCAUGUUUAUCAAAGGUCAUCUAUUAAAGGUUGCUGUUAUGGGUAUUUCUGAUAUGAAAAAGAAAGGUUUAUUAUGUACAUUAAGACCUGAAGUUAUAAAUAAGGAAUCAAAUAUUGGUAAUUUUACAGAAGGUAUGAAUAUUUAUGGAUCAGUACAAAGUGUUCAAGACAAGGGUUAUAUUAUUAGUUUUGGAUCUGGAUUUGAACACAAGGGUUUCCUUAAAUUUGAAGAUACCAAGUUCUAUUGGCCAACUACCACUUCCAAUGUCGAUGCAUCAACAGCCACUGAAACCACGCUUUCAGUUGGUCAACCUUUGGAAUGCAACAUUUUAACCAUCUCUGAGAGUCCCAAGAUUGUGUCGGUUUCGGUAUCACACUUUUUAGUGUCAAGAGCCACCACCAAGGACAGUACUGCCAUCACGGCUCAAUCCAUCAAGGCCGGUAUGCUCGUCGAAGGUACCAUCUCGGCCGUAUACGAUAAUGGUUUGCAAGUUCGUUUCCUCGAGUUCUUUGCCGGUGACAUUCACCAAUUCCACGUUGACAGACCAUUGACCGAUUUCCAAGAGGGUCGUACUCUCAAGGCUCGUAUCAUCUCUGUCGAUCAUGAAAAGAAGCGUAUCCAUUUAUCACUCCUGUCUCAUUGUCUUGGUCUCCGUCCAUUCCCAUUCAACACUCUCAAGAUUGGUGAUAUCUUCCACAAGGAUAUCAUUGUUAAAAAGGUUGAUACUCAUGAAAUCUUAUUAUCUCUACCAGAUGAAUUUUCAAAAGUUAAAGGUUUACUUCAUAAUACACAAACUGAAAAUAAUAAAGAAUCAUUAAAAGGUAAAUUUAAUGUUGGUAGUGAAUUACAUGUUCCAUGUCGUGUAAAGCAUGUCGAUUAUUUGGACGCCAUGGUUACAUUGACCACCAAGAAGAAGGAAAUUGGCAAGACAAUCUAUUCAUACUAUGACUUGCAACCAGGUCAAAUCCUCGAUGGUACCAUCAAGUUUGUUCGUGACGACUCUAUCGAAAUCAAGAUUACAGACAAUAUUUUUGGUGUCGUUCCAAUGCACAACCUCGGUGAGACCAUGAUCCUCAAGCCACGUGAAAGAUUCAAUGCUGGCCAAUCACUCAGAUUCCGUAUUCUCAAGGUCGUUCCAGAAAAGAAGCGUCUCGUACUCACCCUCAAGCCAUCACUCGUCCACUCGACCCUACCCAUCCUCUCGAGCAAGGCUGCUUGCAAGGUUGGUGAAAUCGCUCAAGGUUUCAUCUCGAGAAUCGAAGACGAAAGAAUCCACGUCACCUUUUUCGGCGACGUCCACGGUAUUGUAGACCGUAGCCAAAUGAGCAGAACUCCCAUCACCAUGAUUUCUGAGCACUUCCAAAUCGGUCAAGUCGUCACCACCAAGACCCUUCAAGUCAAUCCAAAGGGAUUGUUUUUAACUCUCAUCAUCGAUAACGCAGACUAUCAACAAUAUUUAAAUUCAAUUCAAAACAACAAAAAUCAACCUGAAGUAAAGGAUGAAGAAAAUGAAGAGGAAGAAGAAGAAGAGGAAGAAUCUGAAGAAGAAUCAGAGGAAGAGGAAAAGGUAGAAGUAAAGAAAGAAGAACCAAUUAAAAAUAACUCUAAAAAGACUACUCCACCACCAACUAAACAACAACAAAAUAAUAAUAAUAAGAAUACAGCCAAGAUUAAUACCAAAAGCAACUACAACUAA